UUCUCUUCAUUCACUGCUCAAAACCAAUUUGAAUUUUGAUUCAGCCGAGCGAGAUUAAAGACGACUUUGAGUUUGCGACAACACGAACGUUAUUAAUUGUAUUCAUAAAAUGAAGCUCAGAACCAGAAUCUGGUUCAAGCUUUUGUGUUUUCCUUUCUCUUGUCUUCAAUUUAUUAGCAAAAACAUGCAUCCUGUGAGUCUCAUGCUAACCCUAACACUCUCUUCCUACAACACAAUAGUGCGAUUACACCUCCUAGAUUGGUUUCUCCGUUUAGCAUCAAACCUAGUACAUGUUCUAAUCUCAGGUUUUGAACUUCUCUUGGUACUUAACUUCAGGUUAUCCAAUUUGUCCCCAUGCAUGAUCUCGCUCGACGACGACAAAACCGUCAUGCAAUUCUGGGUUCCAACAAAACUGAACCCAAACAAGCCAAACCUAACCCUUAUCCACGGCUUCGGCGGAUCGUCUCGGUGGCAGUUCUGCUGCCAAAUCUGGCACCUGUCCCGGAAACUGAACCUCUUCGUGCCGGACCUGUUGUUCUUCGGCAACUCCAACACCGGCCAGACCGACCGGUCCGACGUCUUCCAAGCUAUAUGCGUAGCAGAAGGGAUGAAGAAAUUGGGUGUGUAUAAGUUCAGUGUGGCAGGAAUUAGUUAUGGAGGGUACGUGUCCUAUGAAUUGGGGGAAAUGUACCCUAGGGAAGUGGACAAGGUCGUGAUUGUGAGCAGUGGCAUAUGUUAUACAGAAGAACAGAAGAUGGAGCAUUUGAAGAAGAUUGGAAGGAGUCCAUUGGAAUUGCUUGUGCCAGAGAAACCUCAGGAUCUUCGAUGUUUGUUGAACUUGUGUUUGCAGAGAUUUAACUGGCUUACGAGGCUGCCGGAUUUUAUCCUGCAAGAGGCCAUCAAAGUGGUGCUCAAGGACAAUAGGAAGGAGAAACAGGAGAUUCUAGAGUACUUGCUGAACAGAGAAGCAGAUUCAAACCCUGGAAUUUUAAGUCAGGAGACAUUGAUAAUUUGGGGCGACAAGGACAGAAUGUUUCCCAUAAAAUGCGUAUCAGUUGCAAAGGCACUUGGAACCAAAAGCAAAGCUAGCAGUGAUCGAGGACGCAGGCCACGCCCUCAACUUCGAUUCUCCUUUUGCCACCAAUCAUUUCAUCGUUUCAUUCCUCCAAACCUGAGAUGUCUUUUUGUUGUAUAUCUUCACUAUACAUGUAGUGUAUGAAUUUCACUCUUCCUUCUGUUCAAUCACGCAUUCUUGUGUACGUACUUCAAAAAUUUCGAAUGAUACAUGCCAGCUCGAUCUAUUAAUUCUAUGCGUCGAC